UAUGCAUGGAGUGUCGACCCGUUUCUCGCCUGAAAUCUGAUUCCGGUAUUUCGGUUACUCAAAGUGUCCGUCAACGGUGAAAUCUGGUUCACGAUCUCUCUCAUUCCUCUCAGUCUCAAACAACAGCGUCGACCAGAGCGUAGAGGCCUGGUCUGGGAAUCUCAACUCCAGUCGAAACAUCAGAUACGACCCAAGCUACAAUGUGGUAGCCGUCAUCGCUUUCUCAGUCCUCGCGCCAAGGCGGCAAGAGCCUCUCGAGUGACUCGCCACUUUGGACCAGAUCCACAGAUCGACCGCGCCUUAUCAUGAUUGAUCAUAUCUUGGGUCGACCAUCGCCAUCUCUGAGGCGAGCUCAGAUCCUGUUGGUGCUCUCAUUUUGGGUAUGGAGGCUGUACAAAGGGGAUGGAGCCCCUAGACCUAAACCGACUCCUUCUCACGGCUAUCCUCCAGUGCCGUACCCGAGUGUGCGCGUUGGCGCAGCACGAGGGGCGUCGUCCGCAGUAGGGAGGAGAAAGAAUGGAUGGCUCGUGAGGUUAUGGAUCGGACUGGUCGGAAGGCGGUUCGUGAGGUGGAUAGGGAGAGUAAAUGAACGUUUAAAAAACUUCACGCCGUAUCAACUGAUUCUCGGAACGUUGACCCUGGUUUAUGCUCUUCGUCAUGUCUCCGACAUUUUUGGUCUCGAAGUGCCUGAGCCGCUGGCUAGUUUGUAUACACGCUCAUUCUACCGUGCAACAUACAUCAAUACUGCUCUAGAUGCCGGAUUUGCCUCUGCGAUGGCUAUGAGGCCAAAAUGGGUCAGAGACAUCUUCAGCGUCCUCUUUUCGGCAUACUACAUGAUAUAUGUCUCUGAAGGAGACGAAGUUCUACGACGUUUCAGAGCCCUAUGUACAGUCGAAAUGCUGCGCACGACAUGGGAGAAGACCAACAACCCAUACAUCCGCUUAGCAACCUACUUCCAGCGACCAUCGUUGCCAAUCGUCCGCGAUGUGCUUAUUUCGCGACCAGCGGUGUCGUCUCGGUCCCAUCUUCCGCCUGUUCGAGCCAUGCUGUUCUUCAACGGCACCGAUGCAGAUCUGGCAAAAGCGAAGAAUCUCAUCAUGGAUUUCCCAGGAGGUGGAUUCAUAGCCAUGGGCCCAGAGUGUCACGAAGAGAGAUUGAGACGCUGGGCCAAGCGAACGGGAAAGCCUGUACUAGGUGUCCGAUAUGGUAAAGCACCGGAAUAUCCUUUUCCUUGGGCGAUUGAGGAGGGUUUAGAUGCCUAUAGAACGCUGGUAGAGACUCGGGGCAGAGGGCUGGGUAUCACUAGCGGCAAAUUGAGCAUCGUCCUCACUGGCGACUCUGCCGGCGCCAAUCUCUGCACUACGAUUAUGUUGCGAAUCCUUGAGCAUCCAGCUAAGAUCCCUAGACCUGUGUCAUUAAUUCUUGGAUAUCCCGCUCUCGAUUUCAACUUUACAUCAUGGAUGUCACCUGCCGAUAUCCGUGUCCUGCGGACUGAACAAUCAGAAUCUCACAUGCCCGCCAUCAUUCAAGGAAAGGAUCAUCUUCGACACAAAAGUCCACUCAGUGCCGUGGAUGAUGUGGGCGACAAACGUCAACGACAGCGAUCGUGGGGUCACACCCUGGGCUCCAAGGUCGCCGGACUCGCCAUGUCGCCUCUCCAGGAGACGCUGAGCUCUCUGCCAAAUGCAUCCCAAACUGGGUCAAGCUGGACAAAGGCCUUACCACGGUCAAUGUCGACAAAGAUCGCAGGUUGGCUCGCUCCCGAUCCACCUGUCAGUGAAUUGAUAUCCGAGAACCUGUCGUCCGGCACAGAAGAGUCUGAUCCAGAUGACGACGGUACUAUCACUGUGAGAGGAGUUGAUACGAGGCGCGAAGCAGACAAAUCGCUGCGAGAGCGUGUCAAGACACCUCACGAAGAGAGGAGGUCUUUCAACUUGAGUCCCCUCAAAACGUCACCGCGUAAAGCGGCGAAAGAGGAAGAGGAUGUGGCCAAUCGACCGCCUGGACACCCCAGGAAAAAGAAGGCGCCGAUAGGAACUCGACUGACCAUGACGAGUCGCGUGGGAUACUUUCAGGACAAGAUCAUCUCCCCGAGUAUGAUGCGUGCCAUGGCCAUUCUCUACAUUGGACCGCACCGAAAUCCUGACUUUGAGACCGAUUACUACAUCUCACCAAUCCUUGCACCGCCACACCUUCUCGCGCAGUUCCCGCCUGUUUACCUCAUAUGUGGCGAGCGAGAUCCGUUCGUUGAUGACACCGUCAUCUUUGCGGGCAAAAUCCGUGACGCCAAGCGGCAUCGAAAGGCUGAGGCGGAAUCGAAACAGAACGGCGCACGAUUCGGCGAAGGCCUGAGAAUGACUACUUCUGCUCGAGACCAGGCUGGCAAGUCAGAUCGCAUCCUUCGAGAAACGGAGGAGGAUUGGGUCGUAGCGAGGAUCAUUGCUGGUUGGGGUCAUGGAUUCCUACAGAUGGCAUCCUUGAUGAAAGAAGUCGACUCUAUCAUGACGGAGAUGGCGGAUUGGAUCGACGAAUCCUUCGAGAGGGCAGCCGCGAUUGAGAAGGAUGAGCAAGAUAUAGCUGCUGUGGAAAGGACAAUUGGCGGGGAGGAUCCAGCACUCUUGUCGCCUACGGAGCAGAUCCCUCCACCUUCAUCCACCCAUGUCAAGCCUGUGCGAUCCUACAAAGAGUCUGGAUCUCGGCAAUCCCUCGGUGGUGCAGACCUUGGUGCACCGUUUGCACCAGACAUUACGGUGAACGAAGAGGAUGGGACGAUUACCUUUACCCCUAGAUCAGCAAGACGGAAACGACCCCCUCCGUCCCAAUAUCAACCUGUUGUCCGUCGUCGGAGUAAAGAAAAUCUCGGACUCCAUCGUUCUGAUUCUGCCCCGAGGUUUGAUAUCGACGAGACAGGCUCCUCAGGUGAGGCUGUACAUCUACAGACGCCGACACUGUCUACACGGAAUCUGCCUGCUUCAAACUCCGAACCUAGAGGGUCCCGAGCGUUCGCCUUUUUUAAUUCGUCUCGGAGUGGAAAACCAUCAGGUGUAUCCCCUCCUGUUGCCAUUGAGUCUAGAUCUAGACCCUCGUUGUCUAGUACCAAUUCGACAUCUCUCUUCGCACGUCGCCCAAGUGCCACUCAUGGCUCUGUUCGGACAAAUUCGCUCGUAGCUGCUGCCGUUGCAGGCGCAAGAGCCGCGUCACCAGCGCUCGCUGCUGCGGGAUUAGUACCUGAGAAAGUCGGAGACGUUAGUGAGGUGGAAUUGAUGCGGAGAAGGAGGAUGGAAGCAGUUUUCGGCCUCGGAGGAGAGACCGAUAGUGCUGUAGAGUCGGACGAUGAGGACGAUGAAGAUCAAGCUUGAUGAUAGUUGUAAUCCGUUGUACUGCUCGCAUGAAGUUGGCAAUGACACC